UAGUUUUUGUAUCUUUUGCUGUUUUGCUGAUUUUGAAGCCAGUUUGGUGCGUUUUUACGGAGUUAUCGUUCUCCUACCAAAGAUACAAGCUAUCAAGUCGUUUUUAUUCUAGCUUAAAACUACUAAUUUUACACGCUGCGAAAUAUUACCGUUAAUAUUCGAAUACUACAACACCACAGAACAAGAGAUUGGGCUGUCUGUGCAUAGUUUAAGAUGUAUUUUUUGAUUUUGUUUGCGAGAGUUAAAUUUAGUUACUUCCGGUCAAUGACGCAUUUCCGUCCCUAGUGUGAAAAGCAAACCAACCGGCAACGAUCAUUCAUCAACAGCGAGGUCAACCGACAGACGAGACGUUACAUUCUAAAAUCCUUCAUCUCCAAAGAGUAUUGCCUUGCGAUAUAUCUACCAAAUAUUGACUAUACCAAUAUGGACACGACCAGAAAUGAUGCGGAAGGUGUUGAGACGAUUAUUGACGAAAAUACACCUCACAAGUUUUCGUCCCCUUGGCACUUUAGUGAUGUGGUACUUGAUGUUGAGGGCACCAAAUUCCACGUACACAGGAGCACCCUGUCAAUGUGGUCUCCGGUGUUCCAGACCAUGUUUACGUCUCAGUUCUUAGAGCGUACUGCCAAUGAGAUCCCGUUGCCAGGAAAACGUGCUAAUGAAGUGGAACAAUUGCUCAAGGUCAUUUAUUCUGAUGAUGCAAAACAAGAAGUCAAAAAAACAAACUACGAGUUUCUGUUAGAACUUGCCAGAGAAUACCAAAUGGAUAAAGUCUUGCAACACUGUGGCCAGUAUAUGAAGCAGGGCACCAAUAAAAGAAACUGUCUUCAUCGCUACAAAAUUGCUGAACGUUUUGGAUUUGAAGAUGUCAUGGAAAAAUGCAAUGAAGAAGCUCGCUUUAAACCCUCUUAUGAACUUGAAGGGAGUGCUGACUUUAAUGAUCUGGGAUUUGAAUCCAAGUUCAAGCUCUGCAUGGCAAGGAUAAAAGAACUAGAAAAAGCGUUGACAAAGUAUGUUUAUACCUGUUCCGAUCUGGUCAGUGAUGCAUGAAUAUUAUUCGAAAUUAAAUGAGUCUUUUGCCGCCAGCGAAGUGCCAAAAGAUCGUUUCAAGUGUGUUAAUAGAGUAUCACAUCAGUAUCAUUCACUCCCAAAUCAAAACGGAGGUCGAAAAAAAUUUGAUUUUUCUUGCAAAUAUUGCAGAAAGAGAAUGGUCAAUAGAUAUUUAGAUGAUCUGGCUCCAAUAAAUGCCUUAGGUUUCAAUGAUCUCUUCAUUGACUUGUAUGAUUUAGAAUAUGAUGAUCAAAUAGAAAAACUCUAUCCUUCCGGAUCCUGAACCCAAACAUUAAGUUUCAAAAUACAAACACAGUAGUUUUAUCCGUCCAUGUUACCUUAAUAAAGCCAUGCAGUCGCUAAUACACUGAUAUCUCUAGAGAUUCACGACAAGGAUAGACCAUUUUCGAAUUAACAAAAUACCGCUGUGUCCUUGACUGCAGAUUCAUUUUCGCAGGGUUCAAUAGUUCACGUGUUCCAGGGAGGAAUAGACUUUCGCAAAGUCCGCCGCCCGCUUUGUUUUUUUUUUACUGGAUUUCGUAGUUGUGCAUUCUUUACUUUACCGUUAUUAUUAUAUUUAGAUACUGAUACGAGGCUGGAACCCUCGUAAAUAAAUCUGUUGUCAAGGAACACAUAAUUUACCAAUUCGAAAAAAGGUCCGGUAUAUUGUGCUGGAGUACACAAAAUGCAUGUGCAGAAGAGCACCAUAUCAAUGUGGUACCCUUUAUGCCAUCUAGAUUAUUUUCUGAGAUUUGAAAAAUACUGCAAAAAAUUGAGCAUCAUUUGUUACUUGUUACCUGGGAAACAGGAAAAAGGAACCAAUAAAAUCGGAGCACUACUGUGGAACACAGCCGAGGAAAUAAAAUACACUAAAUGCCUCAGGUCCCACGGAAAAUUCCCCUUCAGAUAUGGCAAAAAAAGGCCAGCGUCUUAACAAAUAUGGCGUUAUGUCAUCAUAUUAUAAACAACAACACUAAUAAUAAAAUAAGCAAACACGCAAUAAAGAGACGAUGUUUGA